AUGGGUCGCGGCGACCUGCGCGAUGCCUUUACCAAAAUCAACCUCUGGCGCCAGACACAAUUCCGCAAGAUCGUCUACCUUGACGCAGAUACUGUUGCCCUCCGCGCUCCCGACGAGCUCUUUGACCUCGAGGCAUCCUUUGCUGGUGCGCCUGAUGUGGGCUGGCCCGAUGCCUUCAACACUGGAGUCAUGGUUAUAUCACCGCACAUGGGCGACUACUGGGCAUUGAAGACACUGGCUGCUACGGGCGACAGUUUCGAUGGAGCAGACCAAGGUCUCCUGAACCAGUACUACGAACACAAGAACUGGCACCGCUUGAGUUUCAUCUACAACUGUACCCCGAGUGCAAACUACCAAUACGAGCCCGCCUAUCGCUACCACAAGUCAAGAAUUGCUGUCGUCCACUUUAUUGGCAAGAACAAGCCAUGGACUGCCGCCAGAUCGCAAGGUGCGACUCCUGGAGCAUACAACGAACUUCUCUUCCGAUGGUGGGCAGUCUACGACAGACACUUCAAGGAGCCGUAUACAUCAGGCCGCUACUCGCCUGCAUCCUCUCCUAUCGCGCAGCCAGAAACACCCAUCCUUACUACUGAGGCCGAUCCUGCCGAGGAGAGAGAGCUGGGAGAAGAGUUGGCCCAAGGCCGUGUUGAGCCCACCCCGACAGUAGAACAAAGAAGAUUCUCAGCACCGCAGGCAGAAUGGGAUGCGACUCGACCUGAGGCCGCCAACUUCCCUACCACCACUUAUGACUUUAACCAAGACAAGGACUUCUUCCGCCCACCUAGGACCUACCCUGAACCUCCCAAGGACAUGUGGUAUGAAGUACCCAAGACGAAGCCCGACCCACCUACGGCAAAGCCCAAGCCAGUUUUCCCCUGGGAAGAAAGACAGACCUCUGCCCCUACCAGGAGGUUCAUCGAAGAUCUUGAUUCUCCUGAUUCGACUCCUCAGCCCGGAGUCACCAUUCCCUCUGCCGAUUUCACUGCUAGUUCCAACAGCCCCGUCACCCCUGUUAUCAAGGUCACAACUGAUGACCCCUGGCAAAACUUCUCCCAAAGCAGUAGAAAUGCAUGGGACGACGUUGUAGGCAUCGACACUUAUAUUCGUUAUCUUAACGAGUCUCAAGCAAAAGGCCGUAAGAGCUCAGUCCAUGCAAAAUCUCCCGCGACAAACACACCAUUCGAGCGCAGAGAAAGCUUAAUACUUACCGAUUUCCCCUCCGAGAUAGAUCGUCCCAGCCUUCCAGUCACCCCAGCACCCAUCCGCAGAUCAAACUUCUGGGGUAGCGAACGCAACAAUAAUGGACAACUUCCAUCCGCAGAGGGUGUUCCUGAGCAGGCAGACUGGAACCCGGAGGAGAAACUUGAAGAGUUGAGACGUGGCUCUAUCAACACACCUCUUGAUUUGAAGAUGCCCGAGAAGAAAUUGCCCAGCCGCGCAAUGCCAUCGACCGCACCGGCUUUCUAUAAUAAAGAAACUGCGCCUUCCAGUUCCCAAGUCACCACUAGCCAAGGCAAUGCUUCAUCUUCGACCUCGGGGGCAACUGCCACUCCUCAAUUCAAUGAUCCUGGCUUCUCUAACUCAGGCUCGGAGCCCAGAGCAGAGGAAGUCCUCAGUCCUACAGAGCACGGUUCGCGUCAAUUCUAG